AUGGCCAAGGCUUUUCUCACACUCCUCCUGGGCUCCCUCCUCGCGGGGGCAGCCCACGGUACUAAGCUCCGCAAGACGUAUAUUGUUCAGUUGAAGAAACCUGGCGUCCAGCCCGGAAAUCAGUUCGAUGCUUCCCUGGUGUCCGUCUCCGCCAGUCCCGCUGACAAGUCCUAUUCCUACACCAACGCGGCGAACGGAUACGCCGCCAAGCUCACAGUAGAACAAGCUAACGCACUGAGAAACCGGGGUGACGUCUUAUCCGUCACCCCCGAUCAGGUCUACGUCCUACACACCACCAGGACACCGGCCUUCUUGGGUCUCGACGACGCCUCGCUCCUCGGUCGCGGGCUCGAACUCGAUCCGAGCAGCUAUCUCGACGAGAGGGGCGACAGCGGGAUCAACCCCGAGUCGAACCUCAUCAUCGGCAUGAUCGACUCGGGUGUCCGGCCCGAGAACCCCAGCUUCAAUGAUUACGGCAUGCCACCCGUCCCUGCCGGCUGGAAGGGCGAGUGCGAAACCACCGUCGACUUCCCGGCCACCAGCUGCAACAAGAAGCUCAUCGGCGCGAGGGUCUUUAACAAGGGCUACGAGGCGUUCUUUUCCAACGACAGCGGCUUCUUCAACUGGACCACAGAGUCCAAGUCCCCCAGGGACGACGACGGACACGGCUCGCACACCGCGUCCACCGCAGCCGGCGCCGCCGUGCCGAACGCUGGCUUCUUUGGCCAGGCCUCCGGCACGGCUCGUGGCAUGGCUUUGCACGCCCGCCUCUCCACGUAUAAGGUCUGCGGUCUUCAGGCUUGCAUCUUAUCUGAUAUCAUCGCGGGCAUAGACAAGGCAAUCGAGGACGGUGUCAACGUCAUGUCCAUAUCUCUUGGCACCAAUUCAACACCCCAUUUCGAUGUCAUGUCAGUCGCUUCAUUCGCCGCCGCCCAGAAGGGAAUCUUUGUCUCCAUAUCUGCCGGCAACGAUGGCCCGGCAGCAGGCACUGUCGUCAACUCCGAACCCUGGGUUCUGAGCGUCGGCGCGAGCACGCUUGACCGUGAGUUCCCUUCUCAAGUCAUCCUCGGCAACGGCAAGACCUACGAAGGCGCCUCCCUCUACGUCAACGGUUCUGUGGCCGACGUCAAGCCCCUCACCCCCGGCGAGGUUCUCCCCCUCAUCCACAGCAGUCAGGCGGGCUUGGGCAAUGUCACCAGCGCGAACUUGUGCCUGGAUGGCAGCCUCGACCCCGCCAAGGUCGCCGGGAAGGUCGUUGUCUGCGUGCGUGGAGAAAACGCCAGAGUUGAAAAGGGCUUGGUAGUUAAGACCGCCGGCGGGCGCGGCAUGGUCCUCGUGAACGCCCCUAAAGACGGUGACGAGCUCAUUGCCGACGCGCACCUCCUGCCUGCCCUGCAACUCACCGCCACAGAUGGAGACGCGGUCUCGGUGUACGCAAAGAUCGGCAACGGCACAGCGAUCUUGGAAUUUAAGGGCUCUGUGUUCGGCAUUCCGGCGCCGAAGAUGGCUUCUUUCAGCGGGCGCGGUCCGAACGCUCUCCUUCCGCCGAUACUCAAGCCGGAUAUCACAGCACCCGGAGUUUCCAUUCUGGCAGCCUGGUCCCUAAAGGGACCUACCAGCCUCGAUGUAGACACCCGCAAGGUUAACCAGAAUAUCAUUUCUGGCACCAGCAUGUCAUGCCCUCACCUGAGCGGCAUCGUAACCUUCAUCAUGGGCCGCCGUCCGGGAUGGAGCCCAGCCGCCGUCCGCUCAGCCAUCAUGACAACCGCCUACACCACCACCAAGGGCACCAAUUCGCCCCUCGUGGACUCUCACGAUAAUACCCCCGCCACUCCUUUUGCUUACGGAAGCGGCCACGUGAACCCCAUGGCCGCCCUUAACCCGGGCCUUAUCUACGACAUCGCCCCCGCCGACUACCUUGACUCCCUCUGCGCCAUUGACCCAGAGCCCAGCUUCGUGCAAGCAUUCGCUGGGAACAACUUCACCUGCGCGUCCAACAAGACGUACAGCCUCUACAACCUCAACUACCCGUCCUUCUCCGCCGCCUACGGCAUCGACACCGCCCCCGCCUCGGAUGGGUCCUACACCGCUACCUUCAAGCGCAUUUUGACGAACGUCGGGGGUGCUAGCACGUACAAGGCCCAAAUCUCGCUCAACGACACCGGCUCGGUCAAGGCCUCUGUGGAACCCGAGACUCUCACCUUCAAGGCGGCCGGGGAGAAGAAGACGUUCAAGCUGACGGUCAAGAUGAGCUCCCCGCCCAAGCCCGACGCUUUGUCCUCGGGCCGACUUGUGUGGUCUGACGGAAACCACGUUGUGAGCAGCGCCUUGGCGUUUGCGUGGGGCAUACCGGAUUCAGGUGACGCCUAG